AUGAGCUGGCAAGAUUACAUUGACCAACAGCUCAUGUGCACCCUCCCUAGCGGCGGCCAGCUCUCGCACGCAGCUAUUGUGGGAACCGAUGGAGGCGUGUGGGCUCAAAGCGAGAGCUUCCCAGCCAUCACGGAAGAAGAGAUUGCUGCCCUUGUAAAGGGCUUUGACGAUCCGUCCCAGCUGGCCCAGAAUGGACUGCGCAUUGGCGGUGAGAAGUACAUGUUGGUGGCGGGCGAGCCCGGGGAGGUGCUGCGCGGGAAACAGGGCUCAGCUGGAUGCACGAUAAAGAGGACCAAGACGGCAAUGGUGGUGGGCAUUUACGGCGAGGGCGUGCCGCACGGGGACUGCAACAUCGUGGUAGAGGGGCUGGCUGACUACCUUCUGGAUACCGGAUUGUAG